GCGGCGCGUGGGCAACAGUGGGCGCAGAGAGAGAGUUCCGUAUAAAAGCUCCCGCAUCAUCCUCUGCCUCCGACACUCUCUGGUUGAGUGAUACAGUGUCGUACUCCGCCUCCUCAUCUCGUUCUUCUCUAGUGUUUUCUCGGAAACCUUUUCCCGCAGUAGUGAUUCAAGUCCCCGUCUAUGGUUUUGACCCAAGCUUCCAAUAUGUCCCGGACCGAAGAGGUGCACCGUAUAACGGAGAAUGUGUAUAAGUCCAUCAUGGAGCAGUUCAACCCUUGCUUGAGGAACUUUGUCGCCAUGGGAAAGACCUACGAGAAGGCUCUGUCGAGUGUGACAUUUGCAGCAAAAGGCUACUUCGACGCACUGGUGCGGAUGGGAGAGCUGGCCAGCGAAAGUCACGGCUCUAAGGAUCUUGGGGAUGUGCUUUUUCAGAUGGCCGAGGUUCACAGACAGAUCCAAAUGCAGCUUGAGGAUAUGCUGAAAUCAUUCCACAAUGAAUUACUCACUGAACUGGAGAAAAAAGUCGAAUUGGAUGUGCGCUACCUGAAUGCCGCUCUGAAGAAAUAUCAGAUGGAACACAAGAGUAAAGGAGAGAGUCUGGAGAAGUGCCAGGCCGAGCUGAAGAAGCUGCGAAGGAAGAGUCAGGGCAGCAAGAACCCAUCCAAGUACGGAGACAAGGAGAUGCAGUACGUCGAGACCAUCAGCAGCAAACAAAAUGAGCUGGAAAACUACAUCGCAGAGAACUACAAGACUGUCAUGUCUGAGGAAAGAAGGAGGUAUUGCUUCCUCGUUGCCCGUCAGUGCGCCGUGGCCAAAAGUAGCAGCUCUUACCACACCAAGGGCAGAGAUCUGCUAACACAAAAAAUACCUUUGUGGCAACAAGCGUGCGCUGACCCAAAUAAACUCCCGGAGCGGGCGAUGCUGCUGGCCCAGCGGAUGGGAUCUGGAGCAAUGGGAGCCAGCUCUCACCACACCUACAAAUCUACCCUGUCAAUCUCAGACCCCAUCCCCGGGGCCAAGCCACUUCCCGUGCCACCUGAACUCGCCGCUCUCAUGGGGAACCAACAUACGAGGAUGAUGGGAGCAGAAGGUGUCCCCAUAAAAAACGGCACAGCAGGGGUACAUGGGGGAGACGACUACCAACGUUGGAUGGAAACUAGAGCCUCACAAGAGAAACCGUCACCGGCGACCCACAGACACGGCGCUGAGACCUUCUCCAACACCCUGCCUGUCCGCAAGGUUGCUCCCGUAAAGCCCAAGAACACGCUGGCGGAGACACAGACCCUGCCCAGGUCCAGCUCAAUGGCUGCUGGUCUAGAGAGAAACGGCCGGACGCGUGUUCAGGCCCUCUUCUCCCACGCCGCGGGAGACAACAGCACCCUCCUCAGUUUCACAGAAGGAGACAUCAUCACGUUGCUGGUACCUGAAGCCCGAGACGGCUGGCACUACGGCGAGAAUGAGAAAAACAGAAUGCGAGGCUGGUUCCCGUUCUCCUACACCCGCGUGAUACCCGAACCAGACACUAAUAAACUCCACGUCAGUUUGCAGCAAAGUCGGAGCAGCAGCACAGGAAAUCUCCUGGAGAGAGAGAUGGCUUUACCCACACCUGACUACGGCAUGCCCACCCGCUUCCUCACACAGCCACAGAACACACAACAAAGCCGACAGAGACCCUACAGCGUGACAAUGCCCGGAUUCUCACAGCAAGGGUUAGAAAACUACGAAUCCCGAUUCCAAACAAGUACGGAGGGCAAAUUGAUAUCUACAGUGUGAGAGGACAGACAGACACACAGACAGCAUCUUCCCCUUCCGAACACUCACACCACCCUGUCUUGCUUUGUAUCUCAACAAUUCACCUACCGUUCACUCCACCCACACAGGAAGAGGAUACAGUCUAUCCACCCCUCCCUCCUUCUCCAUAACCUUAUUUUAUCCCAGCUGGAAGCGGCCGGGUGAUCAUGAAAGAGACUAACUUCAAUAUUCCAUGUUGACCUUCCUCGGUAUCCUCGCUCCUAUCAUGAGCUCUCGGAGGAAUUGUCCUGCUUGUCUUUCAUGCAUGUACAGAACAUGUCAGCUGUGUACAAUCCGAAUGCAUCACUUCUGCCUAUCCAGAUGAUAUUGACAUCUGUUGUUGUAACAUUAUCCGGGGGUUUAAAUGUGUUAAUAGCUCAAACCCACUUGAGAAAGAUUUGUUCUAUAUUUUGGGUGAUUAAAAUGUUGUCGAAUUAUUAUACUUUUUACUGAAUUUGAUGUCAUUAUAUGCACUUUUAAAUGUAAAUUUAUUGAGGUAAAUUGCGCGCCAUGAUCUCAUUAUGUAUCAUUUUGGAGCGCUUUCAAUAAAGGAGUUUGUUUUGAAUGUGUCAAGUCUUGCCGGGAUGCUGUCAGCCAUGGGAAUACAGAUGUACCGUAAAUAUUUGACCUUCACUGUGUCUCAAGUGAAGACUGUUAUACUAAAGCAAACCCUUUUGGAUUGCAUAUAAAAAGGAUUUUCCCGAAGUGAUGAAGGGGCAUGUUUCAUGCAUGAAAGAAAAGAGAACUCCUACAUGUCCAUGUCACGCCAUUUCCUGCAGUGAUUUAACUAAAGGUGACACGCCUCACAAAUAAAUAUAUAAAUUCUGCCAACUUUAGGCUAGUUUAUGGUUGCUAAGCAAUGCCAUUGAUUAGCUAUAUUUAUUUAGAUCGCAAGGUGGGUCUCAAUUCGCUAGUUGCCCAAGAUGGCACCAGUGAUCUUUUGGGACACAAGGGUUGGCAGACUAGUUUCCGGUCGUACACUGUAUGGGUAAAGGUGGAUUUGGGGAAUGCAAAUAUGGGUGUUUUUUAGAUAAAAAAAGAAGAAAGUAGGCCUAAUAUAUCAGCAAUAUUAUAGAUCAUCUUCACAUUGCUGCAAUUCGUUAAGCCAAAACAACUCGGAAAGAAGUCUGCCGAAAGCUCACCGGUGCAAUCUUGUGCAACUAACCCAUUCGAAGAAGGCUGCGUCCUCCGGAGGUCGCAUUUGUCGAGCGUUUUGUCGUCAUCAAGGAUUUCAGGUUUUAUUUUAAAUAAGCAUUUCAAGGUAAGAUCUACAAUGAUAACGUAUUAAGAUAAGUAAGCAUUGUAAAUACAUACAUAAUACUGAAAUGAGACAAAAUUGAUGACGUUUGCAGGCGACCUCCGGAGGACGCAGCCUUCGAAUUGAGACGCAACUUUCGUUGUUUACAGGUUUACUGAUAUGAACUUUCCCGACACUGAUAUUUCCGUCCAGGUGUGAGUUACUAAAGCAUAGCUAGUACAAUUAUAUCUAUAUUAAUACAACUUUAAAAACUCGUGAGCCAGUGCCUUGUACAUAGCAAAUGUUAUUUUUACUGUAUCACUGUUAAAUUAUAAUCAAGCAGGUUUCUUACUGAUGGCCUAGCUUUUUUGCUUUCGACACAAUCUCUGUAAAAACAGUUACUAAAUGUAUGUAUGUUAUGUAAAUACUUGCAGGUAUCACGUCGGAUAACACAUUUUUUAAACAACACACAUCUUCUGCACACACACAGCACUUGUGUGGGCACUUUUCUGCCAGGAGGGAGAGAUGAAAUCUUGUAAUGAAACGGAACAAAUUAAAGACUUUGAAUUUGCCUCUUAAUAAACACAAAAUGCUCAUAAUUAUAAGGGGAAGAUGUUUCUCUGGUGUGAUAUAAAUACUGCUUUGCUUGUCUCUAGUCAGUCACUUAACAGAAAAUAAUUGAUUUUCUCUGUAUUGUAUACAUGAAAAGAUGUAUCAUCAUGAAAAUGAAGCACAAUUAAAAUACAACAUUAGUGUGUUUUUAUACUUUUCCUCAUUUUUGUUUAAACAGAUGUGGUUAUUUAUUUGAAAGGUUUCAAGUGCAAUCUUCAAUAGCCUAUAUUGUUCUUUAAAAACCGAACCUGCCGGGUGCAUCGUGUCUGUAUCUUCUCCGCCGGGUUUAUUCAUUUGCCUUCCGUUUGUCUUUGUGUGUAACUAAACCAACGUCUUGCUGUAGCUCUGCCAACAAUCUCCAUCUCUGUUUUGACGAAUUUAGAGACAAAAGCAGUAAGAUGUCAAGGACUGGAAGCCAUUGCCAGUGUUUCUUCUUUCUGCACUAGAGUAAAGCCGCGGUACGGCUCCCACGCUCACUGAACCCUGGGUAGAAAUCUCCACCUGUCUGUUUUUAUUGUCAUUUUCUUCUGGAAUGUAAAGAGGAGAAUGUACAACAUACAGAAAACUAUAUAAUCCAAUAUGCAUGUGUUUUGAGGGACACCUAAACGGUGUAAUGUUCCGUAAUGGCCAUGUAUGGUGACUUUCGACUCUUGAAAA